UGAAAAUUUGUCGGCGAUUUUUGUUGUCGCAAAGACUUCUUCUUCUUUAUCCUUAACGGUGUGUAGGCCGUGCUGGUCAAUUUAUUCACUGUGUUUUGUGUUUAACGUUUCAUCUGGAUUUCAGCAUUGUUUCAUAAACGAUUUGCUGUUAAAUGGGGGUUUAGUAAACAUAUAGUGAAUAAGAAGUUUUCAUGAAUAUGAAGCCACAUAUAACGUUUUGUAUUCUUGUGGCAUUAUGCUGCCUAACGCCAUCAAAUCAAAGAUCGUUUAGAAGGAAAAGAAAUCUUCAUGAACCUCCAAGAGGAACACAAAUUUUUCUUCGAAAUGCUGUCGAAAGCCCUCCGUUAGUAUCCCAAAGUGAUAAAAACUUGGAAAAGUAUGAAGAAGAAUACGGAUCAAAAUCUUUGCCUUUACGUACAGCCGUUGAAAGUAUUCCCGAUGAAGCACAAACUUCUAAACGGCUACCUUUAAGAGAUGCCGUUGAAAAGCGACCACCUCCAGACGAAGCCGAUCUUGAUGAAAAUGCUGUUCCAACUGAACAACUUUGGCAGCCUUAUAACAAUAAUCCAUUUUUAACUAGAACAACAUACAUACCUUUAAAACAGUUUCAAAAUAUAGCAAAUUUUGAAGUUCCCAUUCAACAAAAUUUUAGGAGAGGAAUUUUUAACCCUUACUAUAGACCGACGAGAGGAAUAUCAGGGAAAAGUGAUUUUUUUCGUAAUGAACAAUACAGAAUUCAAGUAAAAUCAGAUCUUCACUCAUCUAAACCGAGUGAAAAGAAAAUUAUAUGCUACAUAAACAGUGAAGCUGUAAAUCGACGAUCACCAAUGACAUUCGUUCCAACGGAUUUGGAUUCAUCCGGAGAUAUUUGUACUCACGUUAUCUACGCCUAUGCAACAAUCGACUCAAAAACUUUUGAAGUUAAACCUAAAGAUGACGAGUAUGAUAUUAUUCAAGGUGGUUACAAAUCCGUUCGUCAACUUAAAUACAAAAAUUCAAACUUAAAAACACUUAUUUCUAUUCGUGGAAGUACUAAUGGUGUUAACGAAUUCAAUAAUAUGGCUAAAUCUUCAGCUGGACGUAAAGCUUUCAUUAAAUCGGUUCUAUCAUUUUUGGAACAUUAUGGCUUUGAUGGUAUGGAUCUUCAAUGGACGUAUCCCGGUGGUGAAUCAAUUAAAACUGAAAAUUGCGAUCGCACCACUUUUAAAUAUUUGCUGGAAGAGUUAAAUGAAACUUUUGAACCGAUGGGGUACAUUUUAAGUGUUGCAGUUCCCGCCUCUAGGUUUAAGGUUGAAGAUGGAUUCGAUGUCAAAACUUUAGAUAAAACUGUAUCUUUCGUUAAUCUUCUUGCUUAUGAUUUCCAUAAAGAAAGAGAUCCCAUUGCUGAUCAUGCUGCUAAUUUGUAUAUUCGUCCGUAUGAUAAAGGACUUGAUAUUUUUACAAAUGUCGAUUAUUCUGUAACAUAUUGGAUAAAGAAGGGAAUGUCGCCUGAAAAAAUCGUUUUGGGAAUUCCGUUCUUUGGACGAUCAUUUACUUUGCAAUAUAAGAAUAAUACACGAAUUCGGGCACCUAUUUUAGGCUUGGGUAGAGAAGGUUAUUACACGAGAGAAGCUGGAUUUUUGGCUUACUAUGAAAUAUGUGAUAAAAUUGUAAAUGAAGGAAUAAAUGUACAAAGGGAUUCAACAGGCGCGCCUUAUAUUGUGGUUGGAAAUCAAUGGAUUGGGUUUGAAGAUCCUGAAAAUAUUCGAAAAAAGAUAUCUUAUGUGAAUGAAAAAAAAUUGGGUGGGGUCUAUACUUGGUCAGCAGAUUUAGACGAUUUUAAAGGACUCUGUGGGGAAAAAUGGCCUUUACUCAACACCAUAGCAAAAAAUUUGAAAGGUACUCAACACCACCAAAUAUAUUUAAAAAUUUAUUUAAAAAUUUGUUUUUCAGGUCUUUCAGAAUAUAAAAGAUUAGGAGCUUAUUCUUGUACUAUUAAAGAUGGAACAUUUAAUAAUCGCGAAAACUGCAAAAAAUUUUAUUUUUGUAAUCAAGGUCUAAAAUAUGAAGGAGAAUGUAAAGACGGUAAAUUAUUCAACCCCAAAGAUGGUCGUUGUUUGUAUAUGAGCCCAAAUUUAUGCUUACCUUACGAAGAAAACUUUGUUGAGAAACGCACAGAUGAUCUAUUAAGCGAUCAUGUAAAACAAAAACUCGUUGAAGAUAAACAAAAAGUUGUAUGUUAUUUCACUAACUGGGCGUUUUAUCGUAAAGAUGGAAAGUUUGUCCCAGAAAACAUCGACAGGAGUUUGUGUUCCCAUAUUAUUUAUGCUUUUGCAAGUUUAGAUGCGGAAUCGUUAAUGUUGAAGGCUUUUGAUCCAUGGGCUGAUAUCGAUAACAAUCUUUACGAAAGAAUUACUUCAAUACCUGACGUCACAUCAAUGUUGUCGCUGGGUGGAUGGACCGAUUCAACCGGAAAUAAAUAUUCCAGACUCGUACAAGAUAUGACUGCAAGAAGAAAAUUCGUAUUAGGAGUUGUAGAUUUCUUAAAAAAAUAUGGAUUUAAUGGUCUUCAUUUAGACUGGAAUUAUCCCGUUUGUUGGCAGAGUAAUUGCCAAAAAGGACCAGCUUCCGACAGGAAUAACUUUAACAAGCUUGUAGAGGAGUUACGCCGAGAAUUUGACCAACAAACUCCAAGGAUGAUACUUGCCGUUGCGAUUUCGGGUUACCGAGAAGUUAUAGAUGCAGCUUAUAACAUCCCUGCACUUUCUAGACAUUUGGAUUUCAUGUCUGUAAUGACUUAUGAUUACCACGGAAGUUGGGAAAAAGAAACUGGUCAUGUUAGUCCACUUUAUGAAGUUUCCGGAGAUCGCUAUCCACAAUACAACACAAAUUACACCAUCAAUUAUUUGGUACAAUUAGGAGCACCUCGUGAAAAAUUGCUACUUGGUAUUCCUUUUUACGGACAAUCAUUCACGUUAUCUCAACAACACAGAAAUCAACUUCAUUCUCCAUCAAUUGGACCGGGCGAACCAGGAGAUUGCACUAAUCAACCGGGAAUGUUAGCUUUCUACGAGAUUUGUUCAAAAAUUCGAAAUGAUCGAUGGAUUACGAUUAGCGACCGCAUGUCUGGUACAUACGCUUACAAAGUCGAUCAGUGGGUUGGUUAUGAUGAUGUUGCUGCCGUCGAAGAAAAAGCUAAAUAUGCCAGAUCAAACAAUUUGGGAGGCGCGAUUGCGUGGACCAUUGAUUUAGAUGACUUCAACAAUGAUUGCUGCGAAGGAACAUUCCCACUUCUCAAAGCUAUUAAUAGAGGACUUGGAAGAAUUUCGGUUCCCUUAGAAAAUGAUUGCACUAAACCACCCGUACCAGUUACUCCAACAGCUCCGAUUACAACCACAGGAAUUGAUUCUGGUGCCGUAACUACAUCUCCAACGUGGUCCGAAAUAACAACUAAAGUUACAACCACAUCUCCUUGGUGGACGCCAUCCAGCACCGUUAUUACAAGUACUACGACUAAAACACCAACUACAUCUCCUUGGUGGGUAUCAUCGAGCACAACAACUACAACUCAAAAAACAACCACUCCCCACGGAGUAGUUCGACCACCUACAACUACACCUGUCGAAAAACCUAAAUGCAACAUCGGAGAGUAUUUCCGAGAUCCUAAAGACUGCAAUUCUUAUUAUAGAUGUGUUCAGGGAGAGUUAGAGAAAAUGAGUUGCGCUGGUAAUUUACACUGGAACAGUAAUAGGGGUAUUUGCGAUUGGCCAGCUUCUGCACAAUGUGUUUUAGAAGCCGUUGAGGAUGAUCCAAUUGAAGUGGUAACAACUCCUACUACCUCAAAACGUCCAUGGGAUGAAUGGACUACCACCAAAAAGAAACCAACAAGACAAUCAACAACAAUUAAAACCACCCCAAGAAUUACAACUACUCCAACCCCAAUCACUACCACAACCGAAAAACAAGCUAAUAAUGAGUUAGAUCAAUGCGUUGAUGGACAAUAUUACCCACAUAAAGAAUGUCACAAAUUCUUUGUUUGUGUAAAUAAUCGUCCAGUUACACAAUUAUGUGGGCCUGGUUUGGUUUGGAAUGUAGAACAUAAUAGAUGUGAUUGGAAACAUUCAACUAGUUGUGGUGAAAGGGAAGCUUAUUGGAGCUCCAAUCAACAACUUAUUCACAGAGAUGAACAAAAACCUUACACUAGUUGCAGUGGAGGAGCAUUUGCAGCAUAUGCUGGCGAUUGUACGAAAUAUUUAAUAUGUUUAUGGGGGAAAUUUGAGGAGUUUCAAUGUGCCGAAGGAUUGUAUUGGAAUGAUGAUAAAAAAGUUUGCGAUUGGCCAGAUAAAGCGAGAUGCAACCCUGAUACAUCAGAAGUAAUUGAACCAGGUUUAGAUGGAAAUCCCGAUUUACCAGAAAGUUCUGCCAAACCGCCUAUUUCCCAACCAAUAACUCGCCCAACAACGCCUGUUCCAACAACAACAACUGUGGAAAUUCCUCAAGAACCUUUACCAAAACUAUCUGGAUAUUUCAAAAUUGUUUGUUAUUUCACCAAUUGGGCUUGGUACAGAAGAGGAGUUGGCAAAUACACUCCAGCUGAUAUUAAUCCAGAUCUCUGUACACAUAUUGUUUACGGAUUCGCAGUAUUGGAUUAUGAAAAUUUGAUUAUUAAACCUCACGAUUCAUGGGCAGAUUUUGAUAAUAAAUUUUAUGAAAAAGUGGUUGAAUACAAGAAGAAAGGGAAAAAAGUUUCUUUAGCGAUAGGCGGAUGGAAUGAUUCACAGGGUGAUAAAUAUUCGCGUUUGGUCAACAAUCCAUCCGCAAGGGCGCGGUUUAUCAAACACGCAAUAGAAUUUUUAGAAAAAUACGAAUUCGACGGCUUAGAUUUAGAUUGGGAAUAUCCAAAAUGCUGGCAAGUAGAUUGUAAUAAAGGUCCAGAUUCUGAUAAGGCUGCGUUUGCUGCUUGGACCACCGAAUUAAGACAAGCGUUCGAGCCUAGAGGUCUUCUUUUAUCAGCUGCUGUCUCACCAAGCAAAACAGUUAUAGAUGCCGGUUAUGAUGUCCCUACCAUUGGAAAGAAUUUAGAUUGGGUUGCUGUGAUGACUUACGAUUACCACGGACAAUGGGAUAAGCGAACUGGACAUGUUGCUCCAAUGUAUUUACAUCCUGAAGAUGACGUAGUUUACUUUAAUAGCAAUUUUACAAUUAAUUAUUGGAUUGACCAAGGAGUUCCAAGAAGAAAGAUUGUAAUGGGCAUGCCAAUGUACGGUCAAGCUUUUCAAUUGGAAAAAGCCGAUAACAACGGCUUGAAUGCUCCAGCACCAGGACCUGGUCAAGCUGGAGAAUUCACUAGAGCCGCUGGUUUCUUAGCUUAUUAUGAAAUUUGUCAUAAAGUAAAGAACGAAGGUUGGACUGUGGUCCAAGAUCCUAAACGACGUAUUGGGCCGUACGCUUACAAAGGCAACCAAUGGGUCUCAUACGAUGAUAAAGAAAUGAUUCAAUUGAAAUCGGAAUUCAUUCGAAAUAAUGAUUUAGGUGGUGGUAUGAUUUGGGCACUCGAUUUGGACGAUUUUAACAAUAGGUGUGGAGAAGGAAAACAUCCUCUUCUAAAAACGAUUAGAAGGGUAUUAGCCGAACCUGGUUCAGGAUAUGUUGAAGUACCACAGCCACCAAGUGUACCUGUAGCGGAUGACCUCCCAGAUCAAAUCGACGAAGGCCCAGUGCCAGAUAUUCCACAUUCCACGACAUCACCAAGUAUUGUUGAUCACAAUUCCGAAUACAAAGUGGUUUGCUAUUUUACCAAUUGGGCUUGGUACAGGCAAGGUGUUGGUAAAUACUUACCAAGUGAUAUAGAUCCAGAUUUGUGUACCCACAUUGUUUAUGGAUUCGCUGUUUUAAAUGGAGAUCAAAAAGUUAUAAAGCCACAUGAUACUUGGGCAGAUUUCGAUAACAAAUUCUACGAAAAAGUAACUGCUCUUAAAGCUAAAGGAAUAAAAGUUUUAAUCGCUAUUGGAGGAUGGAACGAUUCAGCCGGCGAUAAAUAUUCGAAAUUAGUAAACAAUCCAUCAUCAAGGAAAAGAUUCAUUACAGACGUCGUUGAAUUCAUCAAAGCCAACAAUUUCGACGGUCUCGAUUUGGACUGGGAAUACCCGAAAUGUUGGCAAGUUGACUGCAAUAAAGGCCCUCAUUCGGAUAAACCAGCUUUCGCUGAAUUUGUGAAAGAAUUAAGGGAAGCUUUUACCCCGCAUGGAUGGUUACUAUCAGCGGCUGUAUCUCCUAGUCGAAGAGUUAUUGAUGCGGGAUAUGAAGUACCUGUUCUUUCUCAGUAUUUAGAUUGGAUUGCGGUUAUGUGUUACGAUUACCACGGACAAUGGGAUAAAGUAACCGGGCAUGUUGCACCAAUGUAUGCUCAUCCUGACGAUAUAGACGCAACAUUUAAUACGAACUUCACAAUUCAUUAUUGGAUUGAACAAGGAGCCGACCCCAAAAAAUUAGUGUUAGGAAUGCCAAUGUACGGUCAAUCAUUUUCACUGGCAGAUAAUUCUGAUAACGGAUUAAAUGCACCCACAUAUGGUGGAGGAGAAGCCGGCGAAGAAACUAGAGCUAGAGGAUUCUUAUCUUACUACGAAAUUUGUUCCAACAUUCAAAAUAAAGGUUGGACUGUAAUUCGUGAUAAGAAAAUGCGAAUUGGGCCGUACGCUUACCAAAGGGACCAAUGGGUGUCUUUUGAUGAUAUAGAUAUGAUCAGACAUAAAUCGCAAUUUAUCAAAGAUUUGGGAUUAGGUGGUGGAAUGAUAUGGGCUUUAGAUUUAGAUGAUUUCAAAAAUAUUUGCGGUUGCGAAAACUAUCCCCUUUUAAGAACCAUCAACAGAGUUCUUAGAAAUUACACUGUACCCGCUCCGAGUUGUUUGCUUGGUGGACCAGGGGUUAUUAUUCCUGAAAAAGAAAAAUCAACCACCCAAAAACCAAUUGAUUAUCAACCCAGUUCUGAAAAACCUAUAGAUACAACAACCACAAGUUGGCAAAGUUCAAUGAACACGGGAAUGAAGUGCACUGGACUGUUUCAAUCUCACGAAAGUAGUUGCCAACACUAUUAUUUGUGUAAUCAGGGCGAAUUAGUUUUACAAAAAUGCGCUGAGGGUUUAUACUGGAAUAAAGAUCAUUGUGAUUGGCCUGAAAAUACAGCUUGUCACCCUGAUGGAACUACCAUUAAUCCUCCAGUAACUGAAGAGCCGACUACUACCUCACCAGAUUUACCUGUGAUAACAACUAGCCAUAAACCAUCUCAACCAGGCACGACCCCAUCAAUUCCAAGUGAAGAUGGGUAUAAAGUCGUUUGUUACUUCACCAAUUGGGCAUGGUAUAGACAAGGAGAUGGAAAAUACAUGCCAUCAGACAUAGAUGAUACUUUAUGUACUCAUAUCAAUUAUGGAUUUGCAGUUUUAGAUCCAAAUGAUUUAGUUAUAAAACCUCACGAUACUUGGGCUGAUAUUGACAACGAAUUCUACAAUAGAGUUACCGCCUAUAAAAUCAAAGGAAUCAAAGUUUUGAUAGCAUUGGGUGGGUGGAAUGAUUCCUUAGGAAACAAAUAUUCAAAAUUAGUAGCUAGUCCGGAAGCAAGACGUCGUUUCAUCGAACACGCAAUUCAAUUCAUCACCAAAUGGAACUUUGAUGGAUUAGAUUUAGAUUGGGAGUAUCCCAAAUGUUGGCAAGUUGAUUGUAACCAAGGUCCCGAUGCUGAUAAAGAAAAUUUUGCUAUUUUCUUAAGAGAAUUAAGCGAAGCUUUCAAACCAAGGGGAUGGCUAUUAACUGCUGCUGUUUCUCCAAGUAAAAUGGUAAUCGAUGCUGGUUACGAUGUACCCGCAUUAAACCAAUAUUUGGAUUGGAUCGCUGUAAUGACCUAUGAUUAUCACGGCCAAUGGGAUAAGAAAACUGGACAUGUAGCUCCGCUAUAUUAUUAUCCAGGAGAUACUUAUGAUUAUUUCAAUGCUAACUUUACAUUAAAUUACUGGAUUGAACAAGGAGCUGAUCCGAAGAAAAUCAUCAUGGGUAUGCCGCUUUAUGGACAAAGUUUCUCUUUGGCAGACACAAAAAAACAUGGUUUAAAUGCUCUCUCUUACGGACCUGGAGAAGCGGGUGAAUUUACCCGUGCUGGAGGAUUCCUAGCAUUCUAUGAGAUUUGCGAACGAGUAAAACGACAAUCUUGGAAUGUUGUUCGAGAUCCUUUAGGAAGAAUUGGACCAUAUGCUUAUAGUGGAAAUCAAUGGGUUUCUUAUGACGAUAUUUCAGAAAUCAAACGAAAGUCUCAAUUUGUAAAACAAAUGAACUUGGGAGGUGGAAUGGUUUGGGCUUUGGAUCUCGACGAUUUUAGAAAUAGAUGUGGAUGUGGAAAACAUCCACUUUUGAAAAUGAUGAACCACGAACUUAGAGGCGUUAAUUUAGAAACGACUAUCGACAAUUGCACAUAAUUACUAGUUUUUAAGAAUACCGAAGCUUUUUUAUACUUUAGUGUAUCGUUUGAUGACUAUUGAAUGUGAUGCGUUUACAAUAUUUUUUUCUUCUUCCAGAUGUAUUAUGAAUUGAAACGUUUAGGAAGGAUUGUGAAAAUAUUUUUUGUGUAUGAUUUUAUGUAUAAGUUAAUUAAUAAGUUGAAAACAUGAAUUUUUUUGGUACUAUUUCCUACUUUAAGAGAAUUGUGAUUUUAUUAAUAAAGAAUCACUUUUUUGUA